CUUAGAAAUGUCAAUGUCAAAUCCUAUAGUUGUGACCGGUUUUAGAAUUUUCCAUAAUAUUUUAUUUUACAAGUUUCUUUCAUAUCAUAUAUUACUAUUUACUACGAUUUGAUAUGUAAUUUGUGUAUUAUGUAGAGUGAAAUUCAAAAUUUAAUUAUUAAGCGAAAAACUAAAAAUACACUUUAGUAUUUAUAAUGGCAAUUGUCCUAAUUAGGGGACUUAGAAAGACAGUUUUUAGUACUAGGAUAUGGAGUAAAAAGCAUUUUUCGUCUUUAUCAUACCACCCGUGCAAUGUAGCAUUAGAUAAUCGCGUUGAACACACUUUUAACAAAUACAAACUAACAUAUGUUUUUCCAAAACAAAUAAAUGGGAUCUGCAAAUAUUCAGACGACAAAAAAAGUGAUAAACCAUCGAAGAUGAGUUUAUUUCAAAAAUUCAAACAAAUGUAUAAAGAAUAUUGGUACGUGUUAGUACCUGUCCACCUAAUUACAUCCACUGUUUGGUUUGGCGGCUUUUAUUACAUGGCAAAGAGUGGAAUUGACAUUGUACAUAUUUUGGAAACGUGGCAUGUAAGUGAAAAGGUGCUAAAUCCCUUGAGGGAUUCCAGUAUGGGGUAUCUGGCAGUUGCAUACGCGUGUUAUAAAAUUGCCACGCCCGCAAGGUACACGGUAACAUUAGGGGGAACUACGAUUUCCAUUAAUUAUUUAAAAAAGUGGGGUUACAUCAAACCUGUUCCAAGUGCUGAACGAAUGAAAGAAAUUUACCAAGAGAAAAAGGAAACAAUUACAAAGAGCGUGAGGGAAGGAAUAAAAGAGAAAAAGGAGACAUUCAUGGAUAGUUUACAUGAAACUAAAGAAGGCAUAAAGGAAAAAAAGGAUCAUUUAUUUAAAAGUGUCAAACAGUCUACUGAAAAUAAGAAAAAUGACUCGCAAACUAAAGGAUAAAAUGUUAUAUAAAUGUAUAUAUUUUGUGAUUAAGUUUUAAAUAUUUUCAAAAUAAAACAUUUACCUGUUAAAA